AAGGAGGCGGGGAGUCCUAAGUGGGGGAGGAGGGUUUCCUCGCGCCCCGGCCGCUUCCGCCGACUGAGGAGCCGCCUCGGGGGCUCCCGUCCCUCCCCUCGCGGGAUCGGGGUCUCCUGAGGGAGGCGGAAGGGGGGCUGUCACGUCGCGUCAUGAUGUUGGGGUCGCCGGGGCAACAGCCCGGGGGGGCGGGGUCUGGGGCGGCGGCGGCCGGGUCUGCCGCCGCUGCCGCCGCCGGUGGGGCCGGGGGCGUCGCAAGCUUCCCGUGCGGCGGCGGUGGCGGCGUGUCGGAGAGGUUCCUGGCGCGCUACGUGCAGGACUACCUGGAGUGCGUCGAGUCCCUGCCACUGGACAUGCAGAGGCUGGCCUCGCUACUGCGCGAAAUGGACACGCGGUGCCGCGAAGCAUUAAAAGAAAUCGAUGAGUCUUAUGAGAAAUACAAGAGCGAAGAUGACCCCGUUCAGAAAAAGCGGUUGCAGCAGCAUCUUCAGCGAGCCUUGAUCAACAGUCAAGAACUGGGAGAUGAGAAAAUCCAAAUUGUUACUCAGAUGCUUGAGUUAGUGGAGAAUAGAGCCCGGCAAAUAGACUCUCACUCACAGUGUUUUCAAGAUCUCUCAGAUACUGAAAAACCCAUUGAAAAGUCAAAAGUGGAUCCUUGUCAACCAGAGAGAUCUUCAAGAAGGCCCCGCCGACAGCGUACUAGUGAAAGUCGUGAUAUAUGUCAUAUAGCGAAUGGAAUCGAUGAGUAUGAUGAUCAGCCUCCUAAAGAAAAGAGAUCCAAGUCUGCCAAGAAAAAGAAACGCUCCAAAGCUAAACAAGAGAGGGAAGCUUCUCCAGUAGACUUUGCAGUAGACCCUAACGAACCAACUUACUGUCUCUGUGACCAAGUGUCUUAUGGAGAAAUGAUAGGGUGUGACAACGAACUGUGUCCUAUUGAGUGGUUUCACUUUUCAUGUGUUGGACUCACCUAUAAACCUAAGGGGAAAUGGUAUUGCCCCAAAUGCAGAGGAGACAACGAGAAGACUAUGGAUAAAUGUACAGACAAGUCCAAAAAAGAUAGAAGAUCAAGGUAGUUGAUGCUCUAAAUAUGUUGACAGCUGCUUGGUUUUUAUUAAAAAAAACUGUUUAAUAAGCAGACCAGUAUUUUAGAAAAGUGCAUAAAGCUAUGCAAUAACUUUUAAAACAUACAGUACUAAUGGAGUAUUAAUAGAUGUUAGUACUAUUGUGCUCUUGAAUAUUCUGCACUAAAUAACCAAAUCCUUCAAACAGGGUCACAUAGGAGUAGCACAGGGGGGAUUCAGUUUCCCUCACUCUUCUUAAUAAUUGUAUAAUUAUGUUGAUACCUGAUGAGGAAGAACUGGAGGGAUAAUCAUGUUAAGACUGGUGUGUUAACAUCUGUUGCAGUCACAACUUUAGUUACUUUUUAAGUCUUUCAAGGCAAAAGCCAGCCUGUUUCUUUAUUGCCUUCCAUGUGAUCUGCAUAUAUGUCUCUUAACUUAUUUAUGUUAAUCUAGUGGUGGUGUUUAGAUGUCUAUGUUUAUAGAAAGUAUAUUAAGUGAUAAAAUACUCAUGGCUAGAAGAGUUCCAUUCAUCAUUAUAAUGCCAAUCCUGAACUGAGGCUAAUUGUCUUUUCCAUGCUGCCUCUUCUCAUAACAUCAGUUGUACUAUCUUCCUUCUGACUCACUCAGUGCUUGCAGGAGUGCAUCUUAAGAAAUACAGUAAAUGUGCAAGAACAGCAAUAUGUAUCUGUCUGAGGCAAUUGCAAGAUUUUGCCUGAACGAAACGCUGAACUAGUUAAUAGAUUUAAAAGUCUGGAAAAUAGUAAAGUGCAGUUGAUAAUAGAAAACACCUGUUUUGAAUACAGCAAUUGUUUAAAAGACCCUAAACUUCUAAAUUUCCAGUUGACUUCAUAAAACCUGACAAAUAAGGGCCUUUGGAACACAGUAGCUGAUGGUGCUCCAAGAGCAGGCAUUCUUUCCUUAACAGAGUAUUUGAAGUAGUUGCGGUCUAAUUGUCUGAACAUGUAGGUUUUCCCAGACAGUAAGUAUUGUUUUAUUUCUGGCAGGUCAGAGAGUUCCACUUGCAUUUCAUGAAGGAUGUUACUGUGUGCAUGCGAGGCAAUAGCAUAGCAAUGUAAAAUAAAUGGAUAAAACAUCUCAAGAACAAAUUUCCAUUUUCUUUGAAUUCUUGUUCUUACAGCAGCAAUAUUAACAUUUCUGUGAUGACUGAUACUUUAUUACUUUGAGUCACGUUUUACUGAGGUUUUAGAAGUAUUGUGUAUUCAGACAAACAUUGAUUGCAUCCUGUGAUUCAGAUGGACAACUUCAUUUUAUAAACGUGAGAAACAAUAUCUUUGGGACCUUAGAUCUUAUCUAAAUUAAUUGAUGCUCUGUUACACAUCAGUCACACAGAACCUAUAUGUUCUAUAAAGACAAAAGAAGUUUGUUUCAUCUUGGCGUUACCAGAAAUUGCGUUUCAUAAAUUUCAGGUGAACUGGCAGGUCAUGAACUAUUUCCCAUCAUACAGAAAUAGUCUUCAUUUGUAAAUGUAUUCUCUUGUUCAGAGACUUAAUGCAGAUUAAUAAUACAGCUGUAAUUUUGAUAGUUUGAUGAAAUUUCCAUCUUGAAAAUCAUGCAAUGUCCAGAAAAACAGUCCAGACUUCUGUUCCAUUGUUGUAAUUGGCUGCUGCUCCCACCCCACAUAUACAAUUGUUUGGUCCAACCUGACUGACAUUUUUUAAAAAGCUUUUUAAUUAAAAUGGCUAAUGUAUAACACCACACUCCAACACUUUCCACUGAUUAUAAAACAAAUUGUUAUUUCUAGAAUGCUAUUAUAGAAGAGUUCAGAUUGUUUCUAGGCACAGGAGUUCGGCAAACAAGUAGUGUUGUGCAUCAAAUACCUGCAUGACUUCUAAACUGGGAAUACCCUGGCUUGUUACUGCAAUUUACUGUGUCUCUUUCUGAUGGAUACCUGGUCCUUAGCCCUGUCUUGGCAAAAAGGUAAUUUUUCCUGUUUUUAAGAAAUGGCAUUACUGCUAUAAAGUACUACUUUGAUUUUUAAAAAAAAUAUGCUUGUUGUGGUUUGACAAUCUGUCUCUCAGUUCUAAAAUUUGUAAGCCUGGGCAUAUACAAAUGGGAACUGUGCUACUAGAGUGUACCGAUUACUUGGAUCUAAUAUUUCGCAUGCUACAAUUUAUGAAUAAAAAACCUUUUGGUUAUAGAACUGGC